CUGCUGUAUGGCACACGUGCGGGAAGUUUUGUUUUUAUUUUUACAUUAGAAGAAAUCCUCUUCAAAUUCAAAGUUGAUCUACUAAAAUCGCAGGUCAUUCAUGUCAAAUCUGCGGACAGCCCUUGUAAGUUGGUUCACUGCACUCUAGACUGGGUGGAGGAACACGAAGAAAGCAUUGACACAUCAAGCAAGAGUUCCAACAGAUACCAGCGUACACGUCAUCUUCUUGAAUUCGAGGAACUAGACAAGAAAGCAGUAAAAAUUGUAGGGUCCCAAGAUGGUUGUGUUAUGCAACUAUAAAAAGCCUGCACUGAGCAAAUGUGCCAUAGAGGUGGUAUCAGAAAAACUUUCCAACAAGCUUCCAGAAGGAGUGACAUUACAGAGUAUAGACACUGAACUUUGUUUCUACAUUGAUACUAAAAGAAAUCUUGAGGUUGAAGACCAGAAGAUGAUAGAAUGGGUUAUAUCUACACCAUUUGAAGAACUCCAGACAACUAAACAGAGUAAACUUCUAGUUGGGGAUGAAAAGAAACAAUUACUCAUUGAAAUUGGACCCAGGCUGAACUUUUCAACAGCUUUCUCUACAAAUGCCGUCUCGAUUUGCCAAUCCAUUGGAUUAAAGAAUGUCACUAGGAUAGAGUGCACCACUAGAUAUCUUAUCACCUUCACUCAACCAAAUGGUGUAUCAUUAGUCUCCUGCGAUGGCAUUGUGAAUGCUUUACAUGAUAGAAUGACACAAUGUCGAUACCUUCAGCCAAUCAGCAGCUUUGAUUUGCAUAUCCAAAGAGAGGCUGUUUACGAGGUUGAUAUUAUGACCAAUGGGAAAGCAGCUCUUGAAAAAGCAAAUAAACAUUUAGGACUGGCAUUUGAUGACUGGGAUCUGGAAUUCUAUACAACAUUAUUUCGAGAUAAAAUCAAACGAAAUCCUACAUCGGUUGAAUGUUUUGACCUGGCACAAUCAAAUAGUGAGCACAGCCGUCAUUGGUUCUUUAAGGGGAAGAUGGUGGUUGAGGGAAAGGAGAUGCCCGACUCUCUAUUCAAGAUGGUGAUGGAAACACAGUGUCAUAGCAACAGUAACAACAUCAUUAAGUUCCAUGACAACAGCAGCGCCAUAGCAGGGUUUGAGACAAAGCUCUUAUACCCCAGCAAGUGUGGAAAACCGAGCCCAAUGAGACCUAUAGAUGGCAUCACUAGGCAUAUAAUACUUACAGCUGAGACGCAUAAUUUUCCAACAGGGGUGGCACCAUUCCCAGGGGCUACAACCGGCACAGGGGGGCGUAUUCGUGACGUCCAGGCUACUGGUAUAGGAGCACAUGUGGUGGCUGGUACAGCUGGCUACUGCUUUGGUAACCUGCAUAUACCUGGCUAUGAACUACCAUGGGAAGACAAAACACUCUCAUAUCCAACAAACUUCGCCCCACCUCUAGAAAUUGCCAUAGAAGCCAGCAACGGGGCAUCUGACUAUGGGAACAAGUUUGGUGAACCAGUUCUAGCUGGUUUUUCCCGGUCAUUUGGAAUGCUAACUGGGAACAAGGAAAGACGGGAAUGGAUUAAGCCAAUCAUGUUCAGUGCAGGGAUGGGUUCAAUGGACCAUAUACACUCUAAAAAAGAGGAGGCAGAACCUGGUAUGGAGGUGGUUAAGAUAGGGGGACCAGUCUACAGGAUAGGAGUGGGGGGUGGGGCUGCCUCAUCUAUCGAAGUACAGGGGGACAAUACAUCAGAGCUCGAUUUUGGUGCCGUUCAACGUGGCGACGCUGAAAUGGAACAGAAAUUAAAUCGUGUCAUUAGAGCCUGUAUAGAGAUGGGAAAAGAGAAUCCUAUAUGCAGUAUACAUGAUCAAGGGGCAGGUGGAAAUGGCAAUGUAUUGAAGGAGAUUGUGGAACCAGCUGGUGCAUUGAUACGUGCUAAAGAUUUCACACUGGCUGAUCCCACCAUCAGUGUCCUAGAGCUAUGGGGAGCCGAAUAUCAGGAGAGUGAUGCAGCACUUAUCAGACCUAAAGACGUUGAGACACUCAAGCUGAUUGGUCAACGAGAGAAAUGUCCGAUUGACUUUGUAGGGACCGUUACUGGAGAUGGGAAGGUGAAACUUGAAAACCUUGAUGACAGUGGUGCAAUGAAUGGACACACAAAUGGAGAUGGCCCACCUGAGAAAAGAAUUAAGACACACAUUGAUUUCCCUGUCGAUCUUGACUUAGAAAACGUCAUGGGCUCAAUGCCCAGGAAGACAUUCAACCUAAGUAGGACUAAACCUACAUUGAAGUCGCUUAGUUUCCCAGAUGAUCUCACUGUGAAGACUGCCUUAGAUAGAGUACUGCGUCUUCCCUCAGUUGCAAGCAAACGUUACCUCACAAACAAAGUUGAUAGGUCAGUGACGGGUCUUGUGGCGCAGCAACAGUGUGUAGGUCCUUUCCACACUCCCUUGGCUGAUGUAGCUGUAACUGCACUCUCACACUUUGACACUGUUGGAUCAGCGACGUCUAUAGGUGAACAACCAAUCAAAGGCCUAAUAGACCCUGGAUGCGGGGCUAGGAUGGCUGUCGGUGAAGCACUGACCAAUCUUGUCUUUGCAAGAGUCACUGACUUGAAAGAUGUAAAAUGUAGCGGAAACUGGAUGUGGCCAGCUAAGCUUCCUGGCGAGGGUGCAGCAUUAUUUGAUGCAUGUCAGGCUAUGUGUGAUGUCAUGAAAGAAUUAGGUAUUGCGAUAGAUGGUGGGAAGGAUUCACUUAGUAUGGCUGCGAGAGUUGAGGGAGAAACGGUCAAAGCACCAGGUGCCUUGGUCAUCUCUGCGUACGUUGGUUGCCCUGACAUCACAGCGACCUUGACCCCAGAUCUCAAAUCCGAACAAUCAGAUCUGCUCUGGGUGAGCCUUGCCCCUGGGAAGAGCAGACUUGGGGGAAGUGCACUAGCUCAAUGUUAUAGUCAACUUGGUGACGAGUCUCCAGAUUUAGACAAGCCUGAAUUACUUUCUGCUGCAUUCAGUGUUACUCAAGGUCUUAUUAAAGACAAAAUGUUACUAUCAGGUCAUGAUAUCAGUGAUGGAGGUCUAGUAACAUGUGUCCUUGAGAUGGCAUUUGCUGGGAAUUUUGGCAUCAAUUUAACCCUCUCACAGUCAGAUAUGAUCAAAACUCUGUUUGCGGAGGAGUUGGGUUUAGUCCUUGAGGUUUCUCUAGAUAACACAACUGCUGUAUUGGAGAGAUAUCAGGGACGUAAUGUGCCCUGUCACCAUAUUGGGACCACUGCAGGAGUAGGGCCUGAGGCACAGAUCAAGAUAUCAGUAGGAUCAAAUGUUGUUCUGGAUGAGAAGAUGGUUGCCCUUAGAGAUAUAUGGGAGGAGACUAGCUGUCAGUUAGAACAUCUACAGUCCAAUCCCCACACAGCUCAACAGGAAGAGGAGGGGCUUAAACAGAGAGUGGCACCUCCCUACUCAUUGACCUUUGACCCUGCUGUGAAAGUAAUUCCAAGUGUUCAACCAUCAGUGCGACCUAAGGUAGCUGUUGUCCGUGAAGAGGGUAGUAACGGAGACAGGGAGAUGAUUGCCGCAUUACAUAUGGCUGGUUUUGAAGCCUGGGACAUUAACAUGCAAGACUUGUCCGAGGGUGCGAUUACUUUGGAAACAUUCCGUGGUGUCGUCUUUGUUGGGGGGUUCAGUUAUGCUGAUGUGUUUGGAUCUGCUAAAGGUUGGGGAGCCACCCUGCUGUUCAACAAAAAAGUCCAAGCUCAAUUUGCAGCUUUUUACGAGCGUAGUGACACAUUCAGUCUAGGAGUUUGCAACGGAUGCCAGCUGAUGGCGCUACUUGGUUGGGUUGCCCCUGAUGAUUCAUUGAUUCAGAAUAAAGAAAAUCAAGAAGGUGCUACCACUGGUCAGGGGGUUUUUGUGACGCACAACAAAUCAGAGAGGUUUGAAUCUCGUUUUUCGACUGUUAAUAUUGGAGAAACUCCAUCGAUAAUGUUGUCUGGGAUGCAAGGAUCAACACUUGGGAUCUGGGUGGCCCACGGGGAAGGGCAAAUGGAAUUCAGGAAUGAGGAAAUUCUCACACAGGUUAAGGAGAACAAUCUUAUUGCCCUAAAAUAUGUCGAUGAUGAGGGUAAACCCACAGAACAAUAUCCACUUAAUCCAAAUGGCUCAAUAGAUGGCAUCGCUGGUCUCUGUUCAGGUAAUGGCCGCCAUCUUGCUAUGAUGCCUCAUCCUGAGCGCUGUGUGUUACCAUGGCAAUGGCCAUGGAUGCCAAAUGAUUGGAAGAACAUGAAAGUGUCACCAUGGUUACGUAUGUUUGAGAAUGCAUACAAAUGGUGCAUUGAGCACUGACAUUGCUGUUACAUUCAACAGUGACAUCUAUUGCCAAAUAUACAAUUGUCAAAACAUGAAAACAAUAAAUGAGUCUAAACGAGAUACUCUAAAUUGGUGCCAGCUUUAAUUUUGGACAUUUCUUGCAAAUUAAUACCUGCCAGUUUACCAUGUUAUCCAAUGGUAUUGUAAUGGAUUUUGUGGAUCAAAUUGAAUUAGUUGACUGUACAAGAAAACACACCAAAUUGAACGAAUGGCGUUAAAUUAACCAAUUCGCAGUAUGUGACAAAGACACCCCUUAUGCCUGGGUCACAUUUGCU